AUUUGCAGGGCCGCGUAUUGUCUCCGAGGAGUGAUUUCUUGAAGUCGCGGUUUGUGAUUGUGGCUGGAAAAGAGAGAAGUAUUUUAUGUAUGUCUCUAAGAGGCAAGAGAUGGCUUUGGUAAAAAGAAGCCGUUGAGUCGCUAAAGGACGUGGUAAGAAGAGAAUUUAAGGCACCACCAGCAGAGAAGAAACGAUUGGGAAUGUGAUGCGGUCUUCCGGAACUUGCGCUUUCUGUUUUCUUCCGAGCUAAGUGAGCCUCUUCAGCCUCCGUAGGCAGUGGGUUCAAAGUGCCGGUCAAAAUGGAGGUGAAUCCCCCCAAACAGGAGCACCUGCUGGCCCUGAAAGUUAUGCGGUUGACCAAACCUACGUUAUUCACCAAUAUUCCAGUAACAUGUGAAGAGAAAGACUUACCUGGAGAUCUCUUUAACCAACUUAUGAGAGAUGAUCCUUCAACUGUAAAUGGUGCAGAAAUUUUAAUGUUGGGAGAAAUGUUGACCUUACCACAGAAUUUUGGGAAUAUAUUUUUGGGAGAGACCUUUUCCAGUUAUAUCAGCGUCCAUAAUGAUAGCAAUCAAGUUGUAAAAGAUAUAUUGGUUAAAGCUGAUCUUCAGACAAGUUCUCAGCGUUUGAAUCUUUCAGCCUCUAACGCUGCAGUGGCUGAACUUAAACCCGAUUGUUGUAUUGAUGAUGUCAUACACCAUGAAGUAAAGGAAAUUGGAACACACAUCUUGGUGUGUGCAGUGAGUUACACGACUCAGGGUGGAGAAAAAAUGUAUUUUAGAAAAUUCUUCAAGUUUCAGGUUCUCAAACCAUUGGAUGUGAAAACCAAAUUUUACAAUGCAGAGAGUGACCUCAGUUCUGUGACUGAUGAAGUAUUUCUUGAAGCCCAGAUUCAGAAUAUUACAACCUCACCCAUGUUUAUGGAGAAAGUUUCAUUGGAGCCAUCUAUAAUGUACAAUGUAGCAGAAUUAAAUUCAGUCAACCAAGCUGGAGAAUGUGUAACUACAUUUGGGUCAAGAGCAUAUUUGCAGCCGAUGGAUACACGCCAGUACUUAUACUGCCUAAAGCCCAAGAAGGAGUUUGCAGAAAAAGCAGGCAUCAUUAAGGGAGUAACGGUAAUUGGAAAAUUGGAUAUAGUAUGGAAAACAAAUCUAGGUGAAAGGGGAAGGUUACAGACCAGCCAACUUCAAAGAAUGGCUCCAGGUUAUGGAGAUGUUAGGUUGUCUUUGGAGGCAAUCCCAGAUACUGUAAACCUUGAAGAACCUUUUCAUAUUACUUGUAAAAUAACGAACUGCAGCAGUGAAAGAACGAUGGAUCUUGUUUUGGAAAUGUGCAAUACCAAUUCUAUCCACUGGUGUGGCAUUUCAGGAAGACAACUUGGAAAGCUCCAUCCAAGUUCCUCUCUCUGCCUUGCCCUCACACUACUGUCUUCAGUGCAAGGACUGCAAAGCGUCUCCGGCUUAAGACUAACAGACACAUUCUUAAAGAGAACAUAUGAAUACGAUGACAUCGCACAAGUCUGUGUGGUAUCUUCGGCCAUUAAAGUGGAAAGCUGAAGAAAAUGUCCAAUGUUACACUUUUCACUGAGUUGCCCAGAAUUUUCUGUAUUUUUGUCACCUUUGUAAAAUGAUCAACAGUAAAAAUAAGUAUGUUAUUUCAAUU